CAAACCAAAAUAAAAAGCUCCUCGGGUCGGGGGAGUAUAUAACCAACCAACCACCCAACCAGUCUCUUCUCAAUCCAUCCCAUUUCCUUCAUCUUCUUCUUCCGCCAAACCCUAGCAAUCUCAAAAAUGCCUUCGAUUCCCGAAGAGCCCCUUCUCGCCCCAAAUCCUGAUCGAUUCUGUAUGUUCCCCAUCCAGUACCCCCAAAUUUGGGAGAUGUACAAGAAAGCCAUGGCGUCUUUUUGGACCGCCGAGGAGGUCGAUCUCUCGCAGGAUCUACGCCAGUGGGAAGCCCUCACCGCCGACGAGCAGCACUUUGUCAAGCACGUCCUCGCCUUUUUCGCCGCCUCCGAUGGCAUCGUUCUCGAGAAUCUCGCCGGUCGCUUCAUGAAGGAAGUCCAGGUGUCGGAGGCGCGGGCUUUCUACGGCUUCCAGAUUGCCAUCGAGAAUAUCCACUCCGAGAUGUAUAGCCUCCUCCUGGAGACUUAUAUCAAGGACUCCGCAGAGAAGGACAGGCUGUUCCACGCCAUUGACACCAUCCCGUGUGUGGAGAAGAAGGCUAAGUGGGCAUUACGAUGGAUCGACGGCUCUGAAUCCUUCGCCGAGCGGCUGCUGGCAUUUGCCUGUGUGGAAGGAAUCUUCUUCUCUGGGAGCUUCUGCUCCAUCUUCUGGCUGAAAAAGCGCGGCUUGAUGCCUGGCUUGUCCUUCUCAAACGAGUUGAUCUCUCGAGACGAGGGUUUGCACUGCGACUUUGCCUGCUUGCUCUAUGGCUUAUUGAAGAGGAAACUGAGUGAGGAGAGAGUGAAGGCAAUUGUGGGGGAUGCAGUUGAGAUCGAGAGGGAAUUCGUGUGUGACGCCCUUCCAUGCGCUCUUGUGGGCAUGAAUGGAGAUCUGAUGAGCCAGUACAUAGAGUUCGUGGCGGAUAGAUUGCUGGGUGCCCUAGGAUGCAGUAAACUGUACAAUGCCCAAAAUCCCUUUGAUUGGAUGGAGCUGAUUAGCUUGCAGGGGAAGACCAAUUUCUUCGAGAAGCGGGUUGGAGAAUAUCAGAAGGCCUCUGUCAUGUCUAGCUUGAACAGUGACGGUGGUGACACUCAUGUUCUCAAGUUGGACGAGGACUUCUGAUUUACACUGCUUUCUUUAUCAUUUCUUUGCUGCUUUCGCUAUGUGUCAGUCCAAGUGUUUGCUUAAUUUAUGUUCUCUUUAAAAGCCAUAGCAGUAGGGAGUAUGUAGUAGUUAUCACGCCAAGCCCUUGUAAUUUUCAAGCGCAGUGUAUCUGGAUUCACUACUUGAUCGGAGGAGUCACCAGUCACCAGUCACCACACCCAUUCAAUAUAAUACUCGUAGUAUGUUUAUAAACAUCUGGUUUUUACUACGAGUGAGUGUUUGCAUUUGCUAAUCUUUAGUUGUUUUGAC